AUGCGCGUCGCCCUCGGCGGCGCCGAAGACGCCGGCCCGUCCGGCGUCGACCGCGACCGCGACGUCGCGCGUCUCGUACGGUCAACGUACGCGAGGAGAGACGUCGCGUGCGGUUCGCCCGAGUGCGUCGCGCACGCGGAGCUCAACGCCGCGCUCGGCGUGUGCGACUUCUUACGCUCGCGCGAGCAAGGGUGUCGCGCGUACGUCGUUCCGGAUUUAUGCGCAUUUCGUAAGUACCCCGAGGUAUUCGCGAGCGGGGUGGUGAGGGACGUCAUCGCGUCCAGGGCGCACGCGCGGCGGUUGGGCGGGCGGAGCGGCGGCGGCGGGAGCGGCGGAUUACCGUCAAUGACGAGGUCGAUAAAGGGCGAUUCGCGAGCGAUGGGGAAGAAUCGAAGUGUCUUUGUGUUCGACGAUGAGCACUGCGUCGAGGUGGUACGAGCGAUGCGGUCGAGUUCGAUAUCUCGGGAGGUCGCGUGCGCGGCGCACUACGCGAAGAAAGUCCGAGGAAAGUUCCCGAUUGUCGUCGUCUCCGACGCGCAAGCGGCAAAUGCGGCGAAUGCGGCGGAUGAUGUUGGAGCACGCGAUGUUUUCCCCGAGGGCGUUGUCGUGUUGAGCGUCGAGGGGUUUAUCGAGCAAUUUUGUGGUGGUUCAGAGGGCGAGGCGGCAAGAGCGGCGUACGAGGCGGCGAGAGACGCCGAGGAUGAAAUGGAAGGUGAUUCAGCCGUCGCGUCGACGUCCACCGGAACGAAUUAUGAGGCACAUUGGAAUGAGAGAGAUGUAGAGCUCGGUCUCAGCGAGGGGGUUUUGGUAAAGGGCGUGCUCAAGGUGAAGGCGCUUGGCGUCAAGUGUGAAGGACAUGUUGACGGCGUUUUCAUUCCAUCCAAACACGCGAUGAAUCGAGCGAUGCACGGCGACGUCGUCGCCGUCGAGGUUGCGCCUGAGAGCGAAUGGUGCGCGUCGAUGAUCAACACCGUGCUCGAGGACGAGGGUGUGCGCGAGAGCGAUUUAUCGGCGUCCGUGUCGUCGUCGCCGAAGACGCGAACCGGGAAAAUCGUCGGCAUCUUGCGUCGGGAGGUCAUGGACGUCGUCGCGUGCUUAGAUUCGAUCGAUGAGGAAGAAAUAACGCGAAACCCACACGCAAAACGCAACGGCGCGCUGUGCGUGCCGAUGGAUGGGAAGAUUGUGAAGAUCAAGUUGUUGACGCGCCGGGCGAACGAAUUGGUCGGCAAGCGCUUUGUCGUGCGCGUCGAUCGAUGGAGAGAGAAUCAACGGUACCCGAACGGGCACUUAAUCAGAGUGCUCGGCGACGUCGGUGACGUCGAUGGCGAGAUGGCGGCGUUAUUAGCGAGACAUGAAAUCCCGGCCGAGCCGUUCGGCGCGAGAGCGCUUGCGGAGCUUCCUCGGGAGGGAACGAAUUGGGUCGUCCCUCGCGAAGAGCUGGAGACGCGACGUGACUUGCGUCACCACAGAGCGUGUUCGAUCGAUCCACCCGGGUGCACCGACGUUGAUGACGCGUUAAGCGUCAGAGCAGUGCCCCAAAGUGAACGGGGAGCGAACGGAGGCGCGUUCGAGAUCGGCGUGCACAUCGCGGACGUGUCGUAUUUUGUGCAACCGGGAACGACGCUCGAUCACGAGGCGCAGACGCGUGGGACCACCGUGUACUUGGUGGACCGACGCUUGGACAUGCUUCCGAGUUUGCUAAGCGAAAACUUGGCGUCGCUACUGGAGAAGCGCGAUCGACUGGCGAUGAGUUGCGUAUGGACGCUCGACGAGAAUCUGGACGUCGUCGACGUGUGGUUCGGACGGACGGUAAUUCAUUCAAGGCACCAAAUGACGUACUAUCAGGCGCAAGCGAUUUACGAUGGGAAACCGCCCCCGGUCGACGGAUCAACGGUAUUCGAGGGCGAAGAUGACAUCGCCGUCGUGCGCGAGGACUUGAAGACGCUCGUCGCGUUCGCGAACAAGACGAACGCCAUUCGUGUGGCUCACGGAGCGGUGGAAUUGGAGAGCGCUGAGUUGAGAUUUGAGACGGACGCGCAGACGAAGAGCCCGACGGAGGUGAUUCAGAAAUCAGAGGUGCCAAUGAUGCGAGUGGUCGCCGAGUUGAUGAUUCUAGCAAACAGUGCGGCGGCGCGCGCGACGCACUCGGUGUUCCCAUCGUGCGCGUUGCUUCGGCGCCAUGCACCGCCGCGACAGGAUGGAUUCGCCGAGCUCUCCCGACUCGCCGCUACCAAGGGCGUCAAGCUCGAUUGCUCUAGCGGAGAAGCCUUGAAUGCAUCGCUUGCGCGCAUCGCGAACGAGUGUGAUCCCGAAGUGACGACCUUGUUCAAGGGCCUGGCCACACGCGCGAUGUCUGAGGCUCAAUAUGUGAGCUCGGGGUCGAUUUCCGCCACUGAGAGUAGUUUCGGACAUUAUGGCCUUGCUCUGACGUAUUACACGCACUUUACGUCUCCAAUUCGGCGAUACGCUGACAUCGUGGUUCAUCGUCAGCUCAUCGCCGCCGUUGAGGCGACGGAGAUGGAGAAGAAGGCGACGGAAGAUGCUACCAGACGCGGCCUCGAUUCUUUGGCGGAGCACUUGAACGAACGCAAUCGUGCUUCGAAACGCGCGCAAUCGCGCUGCGGUGAGAUAUAUCUUCUCUGGCUCCUUCGUGAGAAUCCCAUGAUCGAACCCGCCGUCGUUCACGAGAUCAGAGACGAUGGCCUAAUGGUGUUCCUACCAUCGUUUCACAUCAAGGCGCCCGUCCGACUUGUUGAUGAUGACGGCAACACCGUUGAAGAACUCCGAGAGAGCGAUCUCGUGGACGUCUCUCCGGGAUAUAAUUCUUCGGAAUCCGUCACGAAAUGGGUGCAAGCGUCGCCGGUCGUCGGCGUCGCCGGCACGCGACUUCGGCGCUCGGAUGACGUGCUAGAAGUUGUUCGUUCGAGCGACGGUGUCGUUCUUCGCUCGUACUCUCUCCUUCAAACGGUUUGGGUGCAGAUGACGUGCAAACCCGGCAGAGCGCAAGGACCAAAGCUCGAACUCCGCAUCUUGGAUGUGGAGGCGCACGCGGGCGCGCGUGAGGCGCGACUCGUUGCUCGUCGCGCCGCGCCGCCACCGGCUCCGGCGAGUCUCUCCGCGGCGUUGAAAAACGUCAUAAAGAGCAGAAAUCCGCUCGCGAUGGACGAAGACGACGCCGGUGACGACUUAGACACCGAUGAGAAUCGCGACGAACGCGUCGCAAGACAUCUCAACGUGCCGUCCAAGCGACUCCGAGACCCGCUUGCGGCUUCACUCGCCGGGCUCGCGCUCAUGGACGAUGUCUUCAUCACCGUCGACGACAGCCCCAUGGAUGCUCUCCGCGUCGUCCCCAUUAACCUCUCACGCGUGUCCGACUCUAAGGAGUUCGCAGCGCGACGCGCUGCGUGCGACGCCUGGGCCAGAUUCGUCUCCACGCGUUCCGCCGGAGCUGCCGGCCGCGCGCGAAGCGCCCGUCGUUCCCAAAGACUCGAGGACGCCCACGCCCGCGUCGCCGACGUCAAGCGCGCCCGAAAUUCACAUUUAUUGUAA